CAGCAAACCGGGAAAAUUUGAAAGUGUAUAGCGCGCUGGGGGCCGUGGUUAAAGGCAACCGGGAAAUGGAAGUAAUACUUGAGAACGAGGAGGUACAGGGCGGCGGACAUUCGCUUGAAGACCUAGAGGAUGUCAAGCAGGACUUAUUUCAAGAUGAGUUUGACCGCAACAGUGAUUAUGGAAGUAAUGACAAACUGGGUACCGUGUUACCACGCCUUGUGCCACCCGAAAACAUGCUGUUUCCAGAUAUGUUUCAAACCGGCAGCCUCCUGUUUUAUGAAAGAUUCAAGACUUACCAAGAUUAUAUGUUGGCUGACUGUAAACCGUCUGAAGUGCGAGAAUUCACAGCAGAGUAUUUGGAGAAAGUUCUUGAACCGACUGGCUGGCAGGCAGUGUGGCGUACUGAUGUAUUUGAAGUUGUUGUCGAGGUACUAGAUGUUGACUACUCCAGCUUAAAAGCAGUAGUGAAGCUGUGUCUGCCUUUUCUUUGUGAGUCUCGAGUGAGUGAAUUCACACAGGAAAAUAUUUCAGAAUUGCUGCUGGUCAAAGAGGGUCGGGUUCCAUUGUUGGAGCUGUAUGUUGUGUUUGAUGACUCAGGAGAAUUUGAUCAGACAGCACUUGCAAUGGAGCACCUCAGAUUUUUUUACCAAAACAUCUGGCGUCCUUGGGAUGAAGAGGAUGAAGACGACUUUGAUUACUUUGUUAGAUGUGCAGAACCUCGAUUACGCCUCGGUGGAAAAGUUGUUCAUGUGGUGUCAAAACCAAUGUCCAUAAGCACUCUGCAAUGUUUAACACUGGAUAGGCUCCAACCCGAGUCUGAGAAUGGAGAGUUUGAAAUAGAGUUUCACAAUGAUCCAUUGGCUGCAGUGAAUGCUUGCUAUGAAGGCGAUCUGGUCAUAAUUUGUCCUGGGCAUUACGUAGUACACGGCUUGUUCAGCAUUACGGAUUCCAUUGAAUUAGAAGGCUACGGGCUUCCAGAUGAUAUUAUCAUUGAAAAAAGGGGAAAAGGAGAUUAUUUUGUGGAUUGUACAGGUGCACACAUAAAGAUCUCCAAUGUCAAGUUUGUUCAACAUGAUGCUGUGGAAGGCAUAGACUUUAUUGAUGAAGUUUGUGAGAUACCUAAAAUAACAAUGGAGAAUAAUGUGAUACACAACAAUGAAGGCUACGCUGUUGUCCUGGUUAAACCAGCUGCUCUUGUAACUGAACAGAAAUCCAGUACAGAAGGGAUACAAUCAGAUAAGGAUAUUAUAGAACAUGUGGACAAAAUAGAUGUAGUACAGACUGAUGAACCUAUGGCAAUAGUAGUCCCUGAAAAUGAGAAGUGUGAAACAAGUGAGGAAGUGGAAGGAAAUCACGCCAUUGCUAAUGAAUUGGUCGCCAACUCAAAGAGCAAACGCCAAAUACAGAAGAAAAGACUGAGUGCCUUGGGAAUUACAAAAGCAGAUGAUGAAAACCUAACAUCCCAAGAAAUGUUUGUCUCUAUAAUAGGCAAUCAGUUUAAAAGAAAUGGCAAAGGAAGUUUUGGGACAUUUCUUUUCUAAUUCUUCUCUUUGGACAGUGUACUACUAAAUGCUGAUCAGACAUCACUUUAAUAAUGACAUUAAAUCUGUGAUAUUUAUUCACUUUAAUGCAACAUGUUGCACUUGUACAUGCAAAGUAGCAUAUUCCUGUCUCUUCUUGCAUUGUGUAAUAAUUUUUAUUUUUUCUUUAUAUUGUGUACACUAGAUGUGCAUGGUAAUUCAGGGGCCUCUAUUUUACUACUUCACUUAUGUAGAACAAUUCACCGAGGUUAGCAAUAACCAUAUAAGUUAGUGAUCAGUGCUAUUUAUUUUGCCCAUAUGCUAAGUUAUAAAGUGCAUAAAUAAGCACCAUUAAAUAAUCUCACACAUUCGUCUUACAAUUCAUUAUGUUUAUAAAAUGAUAAAUCCAAACGUACAGACCAUGUUAAAAUAGUGAUACAUAUCUUAAAUACCAUAUACCAUACCAACAAAAAUCAUUGUAUGCUCUACAUUAUAAAUGCAGUCAGUGGGUCUUCCAACCUUUCACCAUCCUAAAUGUGUGGGUUUUAAAAAAAAAAAAUGAUUAAAAAUAGGAGCAUCAAUUUCUUAAUAUCCACACAUUGUUUCAGGAGUCAUUACCCUUGAAUUCCUCAGAUAAUUAUAUAGAUGUGUUAAUUUUUUUUAUUAGUACAAAAUCAAUGUUGUAAAUUUGACAUGACUUCAAGCACAUCUGGAAUUUGUCUUGAUUUAAAAUGUGUAUUGCAAAACAUCCUUGUAAAAUUCAAAAUUUUGUAUCCGAAAUGAAUUAUAUUACAUUUGUGAGUUGUAAAUAUCCUAUAGUGUUAAUCAUAAAAGGCAAAAUUACAAUUUUAAGUUUUGUAUUUUUAUUUCCCUCACCUAAAAAAGUGAAUUAGUGUAAUUGUGAAGUGUUAAGUAGAUAUUACAUCCCGUUUAGAUUAUUGGAUUUAUUUUGUCUCAAGUGAAUGCAUAAUGCAUUUCUCUUUAACUAAAUAACAAGGUUAAAUGUCUUUCUUUAUAUAUAGGAAAAUGCUGUUAGAAAUUAUUAGAAACUAUAAUUGGGAAACUCUUCCUCUCAGAACUGCAAAGUUAAUUUCUUUUGCAUGAUGUACUGAGUCCACGGAUCCAUCCUUACUUGUGGGAUAUUAUCCUUCCUAACAGGAAGUGGCAAAGAGAGCACCAUAGCAGAGCUGUCUAUAUAGCUCCCCCCUUAACUCCACCCCCCAGUCAUUCUCUUUGCUGGCUCUAAGCAGGAAGGGUAAAGUGAAAGAGGCCAUGUUAAAAUAGUGAUACAUAUCUUAAAUACCAUAUACCAUACCAACAAAAAUCAUUGUAUGCUCUACAUUAUAAAUGCAGUCAGUGGGUCUUCCAACCUUUCACCAUCCUAAAUGUGUGGGUUUUAAAAAAAAAAAAAAGAUUAAAAAUAGGAGCAUCAAUUUCUUAAUAUCCACACAUUGUUUCAGGAGUCAUUACCCUUGAAUUCCUCAGAUAAUUAUAUAGAUGUGUUAAUUUUUUUUAUUAGUACAAAAUCAAUGUUGUAAAUUUGACAUGACUUCAAGCACAUCUGGAAUUUGUCUUGAUUUAAAAUGUGUAUUGCAAAACAUCCUUGUAAAAUUCAAAAUUUUGUAUCCGAAAUGAAUUAUAUUACAUUUGUGAGUUGUAAAUAUCCUAUAGUGUUAAUCAUAAAAGGCAAAAUUACAAUUUUAA